AUGAUCUGUGUUAUUGCAAGAAAACUCCUUCAACAGGUGGGUCGUAGUCUCCUCAGACUUGGCCCAGACCUGCAAAGGUAGACUGUUGUGGUUUAGGGUGCCUGUGUUUAAAUCUGAGCACGUUAACCCUAAAAACAAGGCUGUGUGUUUCCUCUUUAUUCCCCGACACGAGGAGAAAAGCCUCUGCAGUGUUUUGUGUCCCUUUGUGCAGCGCUGCACUUUUAAACACCAUAAAUAGCUGAAUGAAAACACUUGUCAACAAGCCGGGCGACACAACCUCCUCUCCUUUGACUCGACGCUUUCGUCAAUUCUUUCUCUUUCUGCCAAAUAAACACUUUCCCUGCAAAUUGCUCGACAUAAUCAAAUGUGUCUGAGUGGAGUAAUCAGGGAGGGAGAGAAAGAGAAGGAAGGGGGCCUCUUUGUUGGUCUGCAGGUCUGAUCUGUUGAUGCUCAGGGCCGCUCUGAUCCCCCGCUCUGAUCCCCCUCUCUGUUAUUGAAUGUACGUACAGUCAAAGUGCUGAGCCCUCCCUCCCGUCAGCCAUGUGUGUCUGUUUCUGCCGCCAUCUGUCCUCUUAACUUUUCAUGAGCGAGGCUGUUUCUGAAGCCCGGGAGCUCGGCGGAGAAUAAACCUGAGGAGUGCUUGUUGAAAUCUAUAAUUCACAUCUUAACAAUUUGUCCCAAUGAGCUGCCGUAGCGUGUUCCCCCUCCUCCUGCUUCCUCUCACAAUUACAGAACAAACGCUCUCUGAGUGGCUCGCUCUUUCGGGUUGCUUAUUCAUCCCUCAGGUUUUUUCCCUUCCUCCUUUUUGUUUCUUUGCUGGGUGCAGCUGUUCGCGCUGACUGUUGGUGGGCCGACUAUAGUAAUUAAGCACCAAUUAGCCCACCUCCAGAGCUGUAUUAACGAGGCUCGACAGCCCGCGGCCGGGGCAACAGGCUAUAAUCACCCAGCGGCCCCUCAGCGGGAUAAUGGUACGGCCGUGAACCGCUACUUACCCACUCGAGCCCUCGCCACAUCAGAUGAGGAGCGUGACUUUCUGCACGCUGUUGAUCUCGGUACCUCCAGUCAGGCUGUUGAAGCACGCCGACUCCUCAGGAAAUAAGCUCUUUGAUCCUCUUUCUGUUGUGUUGUUGCACUUUUGUUUGCUCCGGCGGCCCGUAAUUAGCCCUCCAAGUGUUUUAGAGGCUUUUGUGAUGAUGCAAAGCAGCUUGUACAGUAAACUGGAGUUCAGUUCUGCUGCUCUGCCACCAAGCGAGCGCAACAACUCAUUUGGCUGAUCUCUGACUUGUCGCAGUGUUCACUUUCUUUAAAGGGAUAUUCUGGCGUAAAAUUAAGUUAAGGUCAAACUCACCGUAACAGCGAGUUAGACCCCCCCUCCAGAGCUGAAUGUUGCCGACCGCUUACUUCUCUAGUUAUACCAACUUUAGUAACGACCGCAGGAUAGUAAUACAGAGAGCCACGCCCUCAACCAAAACGCCACUCUAUAGCCACAAAUAAUGCUCAGAACAGCACCUAACUUCAUCAACAGGACAUAUACAGACCGAGGCGCUAAGACAGAAGAACUACAGCGUCUGUAAAAUGAUUAAUAUGGUGAUUAUUACUUCAAGGAAAUGAUGAAGAAAUUAUCAUAAAUGUUCUUCCUUGAGCUGCGGCACCCCGCUGUAGUCUGUAAUGGACUGGCCUGAGGUCUCUCUACAAACAAGCGUCUGCUGGAAGAGAGUAGGUGAGCUGUAUUGAAAAAGUUCUCCAUCUCUAAUUGACUCAUGCUGGUUGUAUCUUCACAACCCUGUUUCUGAACACAUGACAGUGUAAAUCUGAGCCUGUCACACCUUCAGAGGGUAGACCUGACCGGUAAGGAAGCACCGACCUCUCCUGCUCACCUGAUGUACAAAUGGGACAAACGACAAGUGAAUCUCCACCAGGCCAUUCAUGUACAUGUUCCAGACACGAUCACAAUAGUCUGGAUUUCCAUUUCCUGCUCCCCAGAGGAUGAACCUUUUUGAUUUAGCCUCUUCUUUAGUCGUGAUGUUGGUGAAUCUCUGAGAGCUUUAGUGUAACUUUGAACCCGAACUCUCAAAAGCUGGUUUUCCAUCAACAUUUCUGAGGAUAUUCAUGCUCCCCAGAGGAGAAACUGGUGUACGUCUUUGACAUCAUCUGUUGCCGGACCGCAGUGACUCUGGUGAAUCCGGUGUAAUGCAUGCUCCCCACAGGAGAACUUGGGCCCCCGUAUAAAGGACCUCUCCUGUGGUGUGUCAGCUGUACUCCCUUAUCUGUUUAUCCGACCUUGAUUUUAACCGUGUGUUAAUUGUAUUCUUGAAGAAGCUGCCUGCAGGGUUUUGCUGCAUGUAAUUUAAAGGAUCAUUUAUCGCCUCGCCCACCAGGUCGAGUAUCAGUGGAUUGAACCUGUUGGGUCUGCUAGCCUCCUCAGGCGCUGUGACAGACACAGAUUUGCUCUUAGUGAAAAGUGUGAGGAGGUCGAGCCUGCGGCGGCGGCAGCGGCAGAGCUCUCCACCUGCUCCCGUCAGCAGAAAGAAAACAACAGCUCCUCACCGACAGGAAGCAAACAGCCUUUCAUUCGCUCCGGGGAGCAGGUGACCACCGGGUCUUCCUCUGCCAGCCGGGCGCUGUGUGUUUAUGGAAGCUCCGACCUCCGACCCUGCAGAUUGCAUGCUUUCUGGGAGUGAUUAUUUGCCGAUGAAGACAUGCUUUUACAUCCCCCCUGCCCCCGUCAGCCAGGAGGACGGACAGCAGCUGACAGACAGGGUCGACCUCGGCCGCUGA